CAAAUCAAUAUUUUAGAUCGGCCGGGAUCUAUCGCCGCCGACUUCACUAUAACGCGACCGCGACGUGUGUGUUCAGGUUAUAUUUUCGCCGCUAAGGGAAGCAAAAAGAGACGAUGGCGAUGAUGAUGCCUCCGCAGCAGCAAGGAGGGUAUCACCAUCCACAGACGCUGGAAGAAGUACGAACCCUUUGGAUUGGAGAUUUGCAGUACUGGGUCGACGAGAACUACCUCUCUUCCUGCUUCUCCCAAACCGGCGAGCUUGUUUCUGCAAAGGUUAUACGUAACAAGAUCACAGGCCAGCCAGAAGGGUACGGUUUCAUAGAGUUUGUAUCUCACGCAGCAGCGGAGAGAACGCUUCAGACGUACAACGGGACACUGAUGCCUGGAACGGAAGUAGCCUUCCGCUUAAACUGGGCUUCUUUUGGUUCAGGUCAAAAAGUAGAUGCUGGACCUGAUCAUUCUAUCUUUGUUGGAGACUUGGCGCCAGAUGUUACAGAUUAUCUCCUUCACGAGACAUUCCGUGUUCACUACUCUUCCGUUAGAGGUGCCAAGGUUGUUACCGAUCCAAGUACCGGACGUUCGAAAGGUUACGGGUUUGUUAAGUUUGCUGACGAAAGUGAAAGGAACAAAGCGAUGUCUGAAAUGAAUGGUUUGUAUUGCUCAACAAGGCCUAUGCGUAUCAGCGUGGCAACGCCUAGAAAAACCGUUGGUGUGCAGCAACAAUAUGUCACCAAAGCUGCUUAUCCGGUUCCAGUACCAGUCCCAUCUGCAGUUGCUGCUCCAGCAUACGUUGCUCAACCAGCGCAGGUGCUUGCACCUGAAAAUGACAUCACCUGUACGACGGUUUUGAUUGCGAAUCUGGACCCAAAUGUUACAGAGGAAGAGCUGAAGAAAGCAUUCUCGCCAUUAGGAGAGGUUAUUUAUGUCAACAUACCUGCAACAAAAGGAUACGGUUAUGUUCAAUUCAAGACCAGGCCUUCUGCUGAAGAAGCCAUUCAAAAAAUGCAGGGACAUGUGAUUGGUCAACAAGCAAUUCGCAUCUCUUGGAGUAAAAAUCCAGGACAGGAUGGUUACGUCACACAAGCAGAUCCAAGUCAGUGGAAUGGGUACUAUGGUUACGGACAAGGCUAUGAAGCCUAUGCUUAUGGGGCAGCUCAAGACCCAUCCGUGUAUGCAUAUGGUGGAUAUGGCUAUCCCCAGUAUCCACAACAGGGAGGGGCUACACAAGAAGUUACAAACUCUGCGGCUGGUGGAGUUGCUGGGGCAGAGCAAGAGUUAUAUGAUCCUAUGGCCACUCCUGAUGUAGAAAAGUUAAAUGCAGUUUCCCUUUCGGUUCACGCAAAUGCUAUAUUAGGACGGCUACUGUGGCAGCGUACCUCAGCACUGUCAUCACAAUUGGGAAAAUGAUUGCAACUAGGACGGUGAUUUUUUUAAGAUGUUCAAUGUGUCAAUUCACUGCUCUUUGUUUGAUUGUUUUCCUUGUUUGAGAUUUUUUUUUUAAUGUAAUGUACGAUUAGGAUCGUAGUUACAAUGCUGAGUUGUGGAUCUUCCGACUUUCUGGAAACUAUGAUGUUCUAUGCUUC